GUAAUUAGAAAUAGAUAAGGAAAUUACUACCUUUUGAGCAAUAGCCUGGUUCGUUUCUCGAUUUGAAAGAACCUUCCUUGAUGGUACUGGAUUAUCUUUCGUCAUUCCAGGCGAGAAGUUGAGCCUCUUAACUGGUUUCAAUCUUUUUCCACGGCCAAGCAUUGGACUUUUUAUUUUGCUUGACAAAUAAUCUUUGUCAUCUUCAAUAUAUCAAUUUAACAAAACAAAAUAAAGUUGUUGCAUUGAAAUUUUAUGAAAAAAAAAUUAUAAUUAAAAUUAUAUAGUUUUGAUGAAAAAGUAUGAAUCGUUAAAAUAAAUAUGAAAAGAAACUUACCACUUAUUUCUAUAACAGUACAAGCUAUCAAUUUCUUGUUGAUUGAAACACGGAGAGUUUUACUGCGGCCAUUAUCAGCUUGUUUGAUCAAAUCCUUUGUUCCACGGAUUGUGUAUUUGUUAUCAUCAUCGAUCAGAAAGAUGUUUUGGAGCUGGACAACCUUCUUACCUCCUGAUGCCACUUGAAUGAUAGCGAAAUCCAUUGCUAUUGAUACACUCAAAAAUAUAUCAAUGUCAAUGUAUUGAUUACACAAGUAAAUCGAUUUUAACAAUGAAAAAUAAUCAAAACCGAUACGGUGUUUCACGUUUUUCUGUUUAUCGCAGGAAGAAAAAAUUGUAUGACUUACAUUUAAAAACAUUUCUAAAUGAUCUUUUUUUUUCCUCCUUACCAGCAGACAUUAUUGAACCUCCUAUCAUCUCCAACCCUGAAUCACAUCUUAUUCACAACAAUGAAGACAUUACCCACUACAUUACAACACAGAUAAAAAAAUCUUAUUUUUCCAACACUUACAAUGAGUCUAUUUUAAUGAGCGAACCAGACCAAGUUGAUAACUUUAAUGUCACCAAUGCAAUGGACCAUGAAGAAUCCAUCAAUGAAUGUGUUGAUAGUCAACGUAUAACUGAUGAAGUUUUAUCGAAUCAUUGUGAGACAAAUUCUAAUGAUACUACUUUCAUGGAUAGUCAAUUAAAUAGUUUAAUGUAUCCUGUUAUACCAAAGUCAACGAUUACUGCUAAAGAUCACCUCUUAGCAGUAAUGAGUUUAGCUUCAAAAUUUAAGUUCACUUAUGAAGCAUCAUUGUCAAUUUUACGAUGGAUUAAUUGUGCGAGUGUUGGACAAAUACUACCAACAAAUAAACCUGCAUUAGAAAAAGUGUUACUUCAGGAUAAUAGUAUAUUCACCAAACAUUUUUAUUGUGAAAUUUGUAAUAUUUAUUUGGGAAAAGAUGAAGUAAUUGAUGAAUGCUAUUCAGAAUUAUGUAAACAAGAAAAAUCAGUGAAGUUUUUUCUCCAAAUAAGUUUGAAAUCACAAAUUCAACAAUUAAUGGCACUUCCACAGAUCGCAUCAAGUUUGAAAUACCGAUUUUCACGAAGCAAAAAAUCAUGAAAAUAUUGAAGAUAUUUAUGACAGUCCUAGUUAUCUUAAACACUGUGAACCAGGUGGAUUUUUAUAUAAUUCUUGGAAUUGUACUUUAACAUUUAACACUGAUGGUGCAAGCUGUUCUAAUUCAUCUAAUACUAGCGUUUAUCCAGUUUUUUUACAAAUAAACGAACUCCCUCCUCAUUUACGGAUUAAACAUAUGCUUUUAAGUACGAUUUGGGUUGGAAAAGGUCAUCCUGACAUGAAUCUGCUGUUAGAUCCUGUUAUCACCGAGUUAAAUGAACUGUAUGAAACUGGUAUUACAUGGUCUUCUGAUGGAGUAAAUUCAAAUACUAGUAAAUUUGCAGUUUUAAUAUGUAGCGUAGAUUCUGUUGCCCGUCCAAUGAUUCUCAACAUGAAGCAAUUCAAUGGUGAAUAUGGUUGCACAUUUUGCUAUGCUUCUGGGCGUCGGUUAGCUAAGAAAAUGGUGUACCCCUUUGAGCGAAUUAUUGAACACCGCAAUAAUGAUGAUCUUAUCUCCCAGGGGCUAAGAGCUUUUGAAUCUCAAGCGCCUUAUUUAGGAGUCAAAGGACCAACAAAUUUGACAUUAUUGCCACUGUUUGACUGCAUAGAUGGAAUGGUUGUUGAACCGUUACACAAUGUUUUUCUGGGCGUAACAAGACAAUAUGCACUACUGUUAUUCGCUGGGGAUCCGAAAGCACCAUAUUACAUUGGAAAACCGUGUCAUUUACGACGUAUCAAUCAGCGUCUAAUCAGUUUAAAGCCACCGAAUCGAAUAUCUCGAAGACCAAGAUCAAUAUACAGCAUAAAACAGUGGAAAGCCUCCGAAUGGAGAAAUUGGUUGCUGUAUUACUGUCUACCAUGCUUGGAAAACAUCUUAAAACCGAAGUAUAUGAAGCAUUUAGCCAAGUUAUGUCAAGCUAUAUACAUAUACAAUUCAGAUUCAAUAUCCUUUAGUCAGUUACAAGAAGCACAAACUCUCUUGCAAGAUUUUGUUUCUGAUUUUGAGGUUUUAUUUGGCAUCGAAAAUAUGUCGUUUAAUGUUCACUUGCUGCGUCAUAUACCUACUACAGUUGAAAAUUGGGGGCCAUUGUGGUGUUAUAAUGCAUCAGUAUUUGAGUCCUGGAAUAAUAAAAUUGUAAGCGAAAUAACUAGUCCGAACGGAAGAGAAAUUCAAAUUGCUUCGCGAUUUAUGACGAAGAAAUAUAUUGAAAAUGUAUGUUAUGAUGAUACCGUUAACACUAUUACUCAAACAUUUAUUAAAAAUAUUUUUGAACGCAGAAAAGUAUUUGAUGACACUGAUCGUAAUCAUAAUUUUAAAGGUCUUGGCGCGAAAAAAAGAAGAAAAAGUAAAAAAUUGGAGUACAAUGCUUUGAAAAAAUUUGGCUAUAAAAUCAAAAUUCUCACGGAAUUUAAGAAAGCUUUAAUAAAUAAAAUUGAUUUUCGAUCAAUACAGCAAGUAAAAUCUCAUAGCCAUUCCAAGCUUUCUGUCUUUAGCAAAACAAAAUUCAAUAAUACUGGUGUUUUCAACAAAAAUAUUGGGUUUGGUGUCAUUCGAGGUAUUGUUGAAUUUGAAUAUAAUGAUGAAAUCAUUCGUGGUAUCUUCAUUGAAAAACUUAAAUGCAUUCGAGCAAUGUAUAACACUAGCUACAUUUUCAACGUCAACUUGAGUGAAAAAAUAGAAUUUGUAAACUGUAAUGAAUUUUUUUAUCCUGUUGUUCUAAUAUUGACAAUUUAUGGUCUUCGUGCUACAAAACUAUCUAAUUGCUGGGAAAUUGAUUGAACCUAUUAAUGUUUUGUCUCUUAAUGAAACUUUACUGGACUGCACUAUGUAUUUACACGACUUGUUUGUACUAAGUAAUAGACAAUGUAUUUUAUUUUAGUAAUUGCUUUACUUGACUGAAUAUUCUGUAAAAUUUUUUAUAAUAAAUUUGUCAAAGUGUUUUAUAUUUAUG